AUGACCCACCUACGUGUGGACACGCUCUGGCACUCACCAAUCCAAUCCCCAGCUAUGGGAAACCAGAUACGUUGUGAACAGUGUCGCACUAUCAAGGGGAAGGAUUCCAAGUACAAGCUCUCAUGGAUCGUCUUAGUGAAGCUUGUGGUCGGCCAGCGUGUGCUCAGCAUUUUAUCAGUCUACGCACCUCAAAGCGGUCUCAAUGACGUGCAAAAAGAUCAGUUGUACGACCAACUACGUGCAGUGACUGUCAAGAUCCCGGCAUCUGACUUCCUUAUCCCAUGCGGAGAUUGGAGUGACCAUGUUGGUAGUAUUGGCACCGAAUUCAGAGAAGUGCAUGGUGGUCUAGGGUAUGGCAGACCAGAUCCUGAUACAGAGGGUGAGAGGAUCUUGGAGUAUGCACUGGCUUUUGAUCUCGUUGUCGGCAACAUUUGCUUCAAGAAACGUGACAGCCACCUAACGACAUACAAGUCUGGAGGCGCAGCUACACAGAUUGACUUCAUCCUGUUUCGUAAGAACAAGCGCAAACUUGUCACAGAUGUGAAGGUAAUCCCUGGUGAGGAAGUUGCUCUGCAGCAUCAGCUCCUAGUUUGUGACAUAUUGAUUGACAUGCCAACCAAAGCCAAGUACAAGUUCACACCUCGCCUGAAAGUCUAG